AUGAACGCUCCCUUACCUCCUCUCCCCGUCGAACUCCUCUCCACCUGGUCCGACUGGCGCACGACCAAGCCCGAGCCACCCCUCACGCCUCCCUCUCCAAUGUCUUCGCCAGACGCGUUCUGCCUCCGCACACUCAGCCAAAGCCUGUCUUGCCAUCCAUCUCGCACUUCGAUCACGCGGCGGCUCGCGUUUCUCCAGGUAUUGACGCCGCCACAGUUGGAUGACUCGUACCAGUGGCAGAGCUAUGGAUCGCCUACACAGCGAUCGCCUCGCGCGCACGCGCAUACAUCGACUACGCGCGUGGACGCGUCGCACGGCGCGCAGUAUCUACCUUCGCCGCCUUUCGCUCUUGACUGGUUCACAAUAUCGUCGGACCGUCCGUCACAGUUCAUUGCGGAGAAGACUUGCGAGAUGAUCUGUUACCUCUGGUUCUCGAGCUACUCGCAGUCGUCCUCCCCCUCAAAACGGAAUCGUACCGCUCCGCAGGAGCACUCGCCUUAUAUUCCUCCUAGUAAUUCCGCGACCGCGUCGCUCCAAUUCACAGUAUCUCCCGCGUUCGUCCGCUUCAUGCAGAAAGUUCUCGACACUACGCAAGUUAGUCAGUCCGUCAUCGUCCUCGCAUUACACUACAUCUAUCGUAUGAAAGCACGUAAUCGUUUCACUACUGGUCACCCUGGCAGUGAAUACCGCGUCGCCAUUGCCGCACUCAUGAUGGCGAACAAAUUCGUGGAUGACAACACGUACACGAACAAAACAUGGUCAGAAGUCUCCGGGAUCGAGUUGACCGAAGUAAACAAGAUGGAGAAAGAGUUCCUGUUGGGCAUCGACUUUGGCCUCUACGUCGACAAGUCGACCUACGAAUCAUGGUUAAACCUCCUGCAAGGUCUAGUCAUGGCGAAGGAACGGGAAUCGCAGCAUUGGCGUCGAUCUCGGCGGCCCGCGCGAUCACUGCAUCGUGUGCAUCCAAUUCGGCACUCUGCUUCCAGUCUUUCACGGUCGCAGGCGACUCCGUCACACCGCGCACGGUCCUCUUCCCCACGUCGGUGUCCCGCCGGCUUGCAACCCGGUUAUCCGCAGCCUUCUCAUGCAGCAUACUCCAGUUACAGGGUUGACCAGCCCAUCGCGCAUGCUCAUAGCGCGAAGCGUACCGCCUCCGAAGCCUUUGCUAGCGACACGCCGCCUUACGUGCCCUCUGCACCUGCCAGCGAGCCGCCGAGGCGGUCUAUGGGUCUCACGUUGCAGAUUCCGGAACUCGAGUACUCGAGUAGCCACUCCAGCGAGAGCUCGGCGUCUCCGCUGGAGCCGUUGCAAGGUUUCUCCAAGCUGUCACUGGGUGCAUCGCCUGUUGACGUGGGGAACUCCUCGCCUUGGGCUUCGAGUAUCGGUCAGAACGAAGUACCGCAAACGCUGGUGUCAGCGUAUCGUCGGGAUGAUAGGCAGACGUAUGCGACGCCCCAGCAACUGUACUUCUACACCCUGUCUUGCUCGCCCGCGCAGGAAGAGGAUAGCAUCUCGCGCAAAGGCCGACUCCGGUACCACCAGCCGCGGCCAGCGUAUCCUGCGCCUGUCUCGCACAUUCAGCCGCAGGUACCUAUGGUCGUGCAGUCCGCCUCCGCGAGUCCCUACGACAUGCACAUGCCACUGCGCUCCGGUCCCACGCUGCCGCCUUUGUCCGAGCUCUCACGGAAUUGGCCACGCACAGGCGCAGCCGUGACUCACUGCCAUUCUGAAUCGCCCGGUGGAAGCGAGCGGCCCGCGCAGGAUCCCGUUCCUUCUGCGACCUUCGCAAACGCUGGCCCACCGGGGUACCAGUUUUACGCUACGUCCGCCCCGGCCCCUUCGCCUUACUAUUACACCGCGCGGGGUCGGCGGCUUUAA